AUGUCUCUUGUUGCUGAUUACAGCUCGGACGUUUCGAGUAGCGACGAAGAAAUCACAUCAACUGAAAUAAAGACAGAAACUCCAAAAAAAACUUCAAUAUCUUCCUUACUCCCACCACCAAAAGCCCUAUCUAAAAGCAAGAAGGACGGUGCAUUAAAAACAACAAAUUUUAUGCCCCAUGCGAUCACAAGAAAGAAACCCGUCAUGCAAGCAAAAUCUGAUACAAAAAAUGAGGAUGAUACUGAAGAUGUAAACACAAUUACAGAAGCAUUUUUUCCGUUAGGGCCUGAAAUAACGAAUAUAAAAUCAAUUAAUGAGACCAAGGAUGCAUCAGCAGCUUCUGUUGCCACUAGAGACAAUAUUGAACCCUAUGCGAUUGCAG